AAAAAGUUGGAACAACCGACCCACAAUCGUGCAUUGGUUGAAGCCGACACAGAAACCAGUACUCUUGGUUACUUUUUACUCCAUGCUUGGACUACUUGGAGUUGGAGAGAGCUAGUUGCAGCUGGCUGGUGGAGAGUGAUCAGAGAGUAAUGGCUGUGCUGUGUCGUUUAGGAUCGUUUCGUCAUAUUAAUAUAUUAAUUUCACUAUUAGAUGGAUAUACUAAAAAAUAUUGAUGUCGAUGUAAUUAAGUGUAAGAAUCAAAUUUUGACGGAAAGUAGUUCACUUUGAUUCUCUACUGUAGAAGUAAAACGUUAACUGCAUUUUCAGGCAUGAAUUCUAUACGGCGUCGUUAGGACGAAGUUAGAAGAAGUAUCAGUAGGUGUACAUACAACAAAUUGAAGCAUCUUGUGUUAAAAAUAAUCAAAAUGGCACCAGUACCUUUAGAAGGACAUCAAACUCCUGUUACAAACAAUAUUCCGCAGGAAGGCAACCGUGGUGGAUCUAUAUCUUUAGGAAUGCUCAUAGAUUUUAUCAUACAACGAACGUAUCAUGAACUCACUGUUCUUGCUGAAUUGCUACCUCGUAAGACAGAUAUGGAACGCAAGAUUGAAAUUUAUAAUUUUUCCGCUCGAACAAGGCAACUAUAUGUUCGUUUGUUGGCAUUGGUGAAAUGGGCGAAUAGUGCGUCUAAAGUGGAUAAAUCUACACACAUAAUGGCAUUUUUAGAUAAGCAAUCGUUGCUUUUUGUUGAUACUGCGGAUAUGUUGGCGAGGAUGGCUCGUGAAACUUUGGUGCAUGCUAGACUUCCAAAUUUUCAUAUUCCUGCAGCUGUAGAAGUACUUACUACUGGAACGUACGGCAGAUUGCCAGCUUGUAUCCGAGAAAGAAUAGUGCCUCCGGAUCCCAUCACUCCUGCAGAAAAAAGAAGCACAUUGCAGAGAUUGAAUCAAGUCAUUCAACAUAGAUUAGUUACUGGAAAUUUGCUACCACAAAUGCGUAAUUUAAAGAUUGAGUCAGGAAGGGUGACAUUUCUUGUCGAACAAGAGUUUUCAGUAUCUCUUACGGUUAUGGGUGAUGGACCAACAGUUCCAUGGAGACUAUUAGAAUUGGAAAUUUUGGUUUCGGAUAGAGAGACUGGAGAUGGAAAAGCAUUGGUACAUCCUUUGCAAACCCGAUAUGUACAUCAGGUUGUUCAAUCGCGAUUGGCUGAAAGUACUAAUCCACUAUCAGAGGUGUAUCAUAUCUUGCACUAUUUUUGUCAGUCGUUGCAAUUGGAAGUUUUAUAUUCUCAAACGUUAAGAUUGAUUCGGGACAGAUUGGAUGACCACAUUCAUGUAGAUGAAUAUACACCUGGCAAAUGUCUUUCUAUAUCUUAUUGGAGGGAAUUAACAAGUAAGGAUCCACGAUCAGAACUUGGAUAUAGAUUGACCAUUCAAGUAGAUCAACAUGAUCCUGCAAGGCCCCUCGCAGUUGUACAUAUUCCAUCGUUGGGUACUAAGGAAAGCGAGAUAGCACAUAGAGCUAUUAGAUCGGAUCAAUUAUCGAUGGAGUGUUUACUUGUGCACACUAUCUAUAUUCGGACGCGAAGUCGUUUAUCUGAAUUGAAACAAGAGCUACAAACAAUGUUAAAAGAUGUUGAAUGUACUCUAGCAGGAUCUCCAGCCAUUUUAUCAGUACCUAUAUUACAACCAUGCUUACGUGCUGAGCUUUUAUUAGUCACAGUUGACACUCAUACCGGUAUGCUACAGUGUCAUGUUCCUCAAUAUGACGCACCACUUGUCCCAGAAUUAACAAUGGCCUUGAAUGGAGAUCACUCACGUCUUCCAACACUUAUAUCUGAAUUAAGAUUUUGGAUAACGCAGAGACGUUGCGAGAAAACGUUGCAGCAUCUACCAGCUACUUCACACGAGCGUUUGCCCGUUUUGCAUCAUCCAGAUCAUCCUAUGUCUAAGAUUAGUCGGCAUCGGAUGUUCGUGCAAUUGCAUAGACACCCCACAGUAAUAUUGAUUGUUGCAUUUAAAGAGAAAGAAAGUUCACCAUGUGAAAUAGAAUGUUCUUUCUAUCUCGCUGUAGUGAAGCACAGUUCCAUUGAAGAUGAUCCACACGAUGAUAGCAUAGAAACGGAAAUACCGAAAAUGUAUCUGAAGGUCCAAAGUCUUAUCGAGUUUGAUACUUUUGUAAUUACACAUGGCCCAUUUACGAGUGUCGAUAGUGAAGUGGUGGAGACGACCAACAACAAACGUAGAAACACUGGAGUUGGAGGAAGGACAGACGCAGCAGGAACAUCACAGAAUAGAAGACCAAAGCAUCCAGCUUACUUUAUUCCAGAAUUGGCACAUGUUGUCGCUUUGUGUGACGAACGAAUACCAUUCGUAACUCUGGCUCAAGAACUUACUAGGCGGGAGAUCGCUCAUCAAGGUCUCCAAGUUGAAGCAAAUGCCACAGCGUUGGUGCUCAAACUUGUUCAAUUGCCUGCGUCAUUAUCAAGUAUGACUACAAGCAGUUUUUGGCAUUCUCUUCUCAAAAGGCUCUUGAGUGUCUCGAUUAGAGUUCAAGGCAAAGGCAUGGCUAAAACUUGGACAGUGGAAUUUGUAUUUUAUGGUAGUCCUCUUUCCAGCGGUCAUCCCAAAGAAUUAGGCUUGCGAAGACCAGUUUAUUUUCAAUAUGAAAUGGGUACAUCCGACACUGUCUCCCGCACUGUAGAUGCCUUAUUAAAUGACUGGGCACAGAUAGUGCAUCUGUAUUCGCUUGUUCACGAUUUGGCCGAAUAUUUCAAAAUGGAGAAAUACAACUUACGCAACAUGGUUAGCAUUAAAUCUUAUAGUUAUAGCAAGCUAGUUGUUGCAUAUGGUCCAAAUCAAGGUGCAACUGUCACUAUACAAUGGAGUACAAAUGACAAAGCUUUCAAGUUGGUAUUUGGUAGGGGUCCAACAAAUACAGUGAGCAAUGCGCAUUCCUUAAUGAAGGAACAGCUAGAAGCUCAUUUAAAUAGACAUAAGAAUUUAGCACAAAUUAUUCAUAUACUUAAUGAAACGCUUCAGCCGCUCACGUCAAUCAGUAAAUUACCAUCAAUUCCUCAGUUAUGCGUGCAUGCGGUAAGUGCACGCGUGUACGUGCCUUUUUACGAUUCAGAUUUACGGCUAAGUUCCUCUCUACAGAGACCACGAGUGCCCGUACAAACGUUUACUAUAAUGCCGCAGUGCGUCACUUUAGUAAGAAUUGCGUAUCAAGGAAUGUAUUGUUUGGAAUUGCGUAUGCGUGGCGGAGGUUUGGUGAGCUUACGCGACGGUGCUUACAGUCGUUUCGACAGAAGUAACGUCGUUGAUGAGUUCACGCCUACGCAAGGUUUAAAGGCAUUCCUGUCGAAAUAUGUCGACGAGAACGCGGUAUUUAGAAGAAGGUCUCAGUCGGAAGAUGAUAAUCCACCAUCACCUGUUACUAUGGACAGUGACGGUACUGGUGGCAACGUGGGCUUCUUAGGUCAUCACAGAAGCGGGCCUCAAUCGCCUGCACAGCAACGCGAAGGUCUGAGAUUUCAUCCACCGCUUACACCACCGUCAGGUAGUAAUCCUCAUACACCGGCCAGUCCUCAUACUGCAAAUAUAUCUCAGGCAAGUCAACAUCAAAGUUUUGGAAGCAGUCCUGCAACUUCGUUUAAUUUAGCAUCACCACCGUCAUUACCGCCAAACACACCUAAUAUGUUACCACACCCAUCUCCUGGAUCGGGACUCGUUGCGAAUAGUCCUUUAAAUCCAAUGCAUGUUCCCAGUCCAGCUGGUCUCAUGCCGACAUCAUCGCCUGGACCUUGCAGUAAUGUUCAAGUAGGGCAUUCUCCUGCUAGUUCGUUCAUGCAAGCAGGUCAUAUCGACGGUAGUCCUUUCCCGGCUUCUCAAAGCAUGGCUUCCCCGGCUGCUUCUAAUUGGCCCGGAUCUCCGAGUGUACCGAGACCUUCUCCGGCGAGACCUGGACCAAGUCCGGGUCACGCAGCGCUGCAUAGUCCGCAAGCCUCCGAUCACAAAACCGGUAGUCACAUAUCCAGAGUACUACCGCAGAGGUCCUGGGCGGGUGCUGUGCCGACGCUUCUCACGCAUGAAGCCCUAGAACUGCUCUGCUGCCCAUCGAUUCAUCCGUCCAAUUUGCCAGGUCCGGAUAUGUCGCCACUUGAAAGAUUUCUAGGCUGUGUUUACAUGCGAAGACAGUUGCAACGUUUCAUUCAACAGGAGGAUUGCUUAACUGGUAUCAAUGCCGAACCUGGUGUAGUACAUUUCAAAGCCGAGAGUUUGCAGUGCAGAGUCGGAUUAAAUCCACAACAUUUCCAAUCUCUUCACAUAAAGGUUCUUUCGCUUCCCGAAUAUAAAGAUCAAUGGAGCGCGGAAGAAUUACAGGUUAUUGAGAAGUUCUUCGAUACGCGAGUAGUCGCGCCACCUUAUAAACACAAUACGCUAUCCGGUUUUGGAAGAUUACUUAAUGUACGUUUUAAAGUAUUAAAAGAUUUCGUGCAGAUAAUGAAGCUGGAGCUAGUUCCCGGUCUUGUGCAGCAGCAGCAGUUGAAGUGGUCCGUGCAGUUUUGUUUGCGUAUCCCACCUUCUGCUGGACCAAUCGGGCCUCCUGGCUCGGAGGGAGUACACGUUUGCAGGAACAAGAUUUUAUUUUUCUUGCAAAUCACAAGAGUAGUUAUACCGUAUCAAGGGGAAACACUGUCCUUAGUACUUCCGUUCGUGUAUGACAUCACUACGAAUUUAACGCAACUAGCGGAGAGAAGAGAUCUCAGUUCUCCAUCGGCGAUUGCGGCAGUGUCCAUGCAGCUAAAAAGAUUCGCCGAGUACGGCGCGAAUCAGUCAGAGUGUUCGUUGUUCCCUGCUGUACGAGAUCUUCUCGCUAAUUUCACGUUACCGUCGGAACCACCGGUUAUAUCACAGGUCGUGCCAUCCCCAGGAAAUCAAGUAGCUUCCGCACAACAGAUUCAAAACACGGCGAUGCAGAUGCAUUCGCCCAUGACUGGCGGUCAGGGUCCGCCACAAGGACCAUACGGAAUCCAAGGAAUGCAACCAAUGGGCAUGAUGGGCGGACCGCCUCAAUAGGACUUGCUUUACUCUCCUAAUCCCCUGUGUCUAUCAAGUCAUCCAACAUGGAUGAACUAAAAAUGUAAACUUCGAUUAGAAGAAUUCACGGGACAAUUCGCGUGCUAAUUCUAACGUAAGAAGAUUACAUUUUAAGGGGUAGGAGAGAAAAAAAAUGUUUACGACGUUCAAUUCAGUGAAGAUUAAAAAUAGAUAGUAGAUAAAAAAUGUUCUCUAUGUGAAUGACAAUCUCAUAUCUGAGUUUGGUACUGUAGAUACAUAUUUUGUAUUUAACAUCAGUAAACUCUUAUCACUAAAGCGGAUGUGUUAAAACAAAUGUAUUAAAUUGUAUUAUAAGAAUUAGAUAGUAGAAUUAUAUAUUAGAUUAUAUCAUUAACGUAAUUAAACUCAAUAAUAAAUUACUACAGAUGUACUAUACUUGUCAACGCGACAAUUCCUUGGUAUUUAUAUUCCGCUUCAUGCAAACUAUUUUCAACUGGAAAUUAUCUGUACACAAGCUUAAAUGACAGAUCUAUUGAUGAACCAAGUAUCUUUUUAUAUGUAUGAAAAAUUUGGUAUUAAUGUGAGUACGAAAAAAUAAAAUUUAUGAUGCAAAUAAAAGGUAUAUGCGAAUAAACAAAUGCACAAUGUUCAUAAAUAUAUUCUUAGAUUUAGGACGAGUCUACGUACUAUGUUUUCAAAUAUGCGAACGACGAUUUUAUCAGACAUACAAUUUUUAUAUACAUAUACAAAAGUUUCAUGUUUUAAUCUGAUUUUUAUUUUACAUACAAGCUGUAGGGAGUAAUAUGUUUUUGUAUCAAAUUAUUUUUAAUUUUUUGCAUCUGUGCAUCUACUUUAGAGUACGGAUUUAGCAAAUUGAUUGAUUUUUGGUAUGUUUCCAUAAUCGUUAUCAGAAAUGAAACAAAGAAGAAAUUCGCAUUACACAUUUUAUCUGGCAUUUAUGAAUAAUAUAUAUAAAAUUUUUAUUUUGGUUCUGUGUGUAUACAGCUUUUUUUUUACAAAAAACAUAUAAUACUCUUAACAAAAAUCAAUCGUACUAUAUUCUUAAUAUAUGCAAUUGUACAGUACUCAUAGUUAAUAAUAAUGUAUUGGAAUACAACUGUAUAUCAAUAAUCGCAUCUCAAAUAUAUACACUUUUAGGUCAGGUA